GGUGUAGUGAUUGACCCCGGAAGCGGAAGUGGAAUCGUGCGCAGUAACCAACCGCCUGGGUUUGGAGGCAAAUCUGAGAGAAACGGAGACAGGAUAACCCUCCUCCCCUCCGUUUUAGGGUUACAGCCACAGUAUCGAGCGGUAUACACCAGAGCUACGCGGAGACUCGGCUUGCGCUACAAAGUCCCGACUGAAGCACAGUCAUGUCAGACAGCGAGGGCAGCAACUUCUCUGAAGAUGAGAGUGAGAGGAGUAGUGAAGCGGAGGAGGCAGAGGAGAACGAGGAAGUGGAGGAAGAAAGAGCUAGUGCUGCAGGCAGUGAGAAAGGUGAAGAGGAGGAAGAAGUAGAAGAAGAUGAAGACGAAUAUGAUGAGGAGGAAGAAGAAGAGGAUGAUGAUCGCCCCCGAAAGAAACCACGCCACGGGGGGUUUAUUCUGGAUGAAGCCGAUGUUGAUGAUGAGUACGAAGACGAAGAUCAGUGGGAAGAUGGUGCAGAAGAUAUUCUGGAGAAAGCUGAAGAAAUUGAAGCUUCUAACAUUGACAAUGUGGUCCUGGAUGAGGAUCGCUCCGGGGCCAGGCGCCUGCAGAAUUUGUGGAGGGACCAACGAGAAGAGGAGCUGGGUGAAUAUUACAUGAAGAAGUAUGCCAAGUCUUCCGUCGGAGAGCACAUAUACGGAGGAUCAGAUGAAUUGUCAGAUGACAUCACCCAACAGCAGCUGCUCCCUGGCGUCAAAGACCCCAAUCUUUGGACAGUAAAAUGUAAGAUCGGAGAAGAGAGAGCCACUGCCAUUGCCCUCAUGAGGAAGUUUAUUGCGUACCAGUUCACAGAUGCGCCUCUUCAAAUUAAAUCCGUGGUGGCCCCUGAGCAUGUUAAGGGUUACAUCUAUGUGGAGGCCUACAAGCAAACACACGUGAAACAAGCCAUUGAGGGAGUUGGCAAUCUGCGCAUGGGCUACUGGAACCAACAGAUGGUCCCCAUCAAGGAAAUGACAGACGUUCUCAAGGUUGUUAAGGAAGUGACUAACCUUAAGCCCAAGUCCUGGGUGAGGCUCAAGCGGGGCAUCUACAAGGACGAUAUUGCCCAGGUGGAUUACGUGGAGCCGAGUCAGAAUACCAUCUCGCUAAAAAUGAUUCCAAGAAUAGACUAUGAUCGGAUCAAGGCGCGCAUGAGCCUGAAAGAUUGGUUUGCCAAGAGGAAGAAGUUCCGCCGACCUCCCCAGCGCCUAUUUGAUACAGAGAAGAUUAGGUCCUUGGGUGGAGAUGUUUCUUCUGAUGGCGAUUUUCUCAUUUUUGAGGGAAACCGUUAUAGCCGAAAAGGAUUCUUGUUCAAGAGCUUCGCAAUGUCUGCUGUGAUUACAGAGGGUGUGAAACCAACUCUGUCUGAGCUGGAGAAGUUUGAGGAUCAACCAGAAGGAGUGGAUCUGGAAGUGGUGACCGAGGCUACAGGAAAGGAACGUGAACACAGUCUGCAGCCAGGAGAUAACGUGGAGGUUUGUGAAGGAGAGUUGAUAAACCUGCAAGGAAAAAUUCUCAGCGUUGAUGGCAACAAGAUUACUAUUCUCCCUAAACAUGAGGACCUCAAGGACAUCCUGGAGUUCCCAGCUCAAGAGUUGAGGAAGUAUUUCCGAAUGGGAGACCACGUCAAGGUCAUCGCAGGACGGUACGAAGGAGAUACGGGUUUAGUUGUGCGUGUAGAGGAGAACUUUGUGAUCCUCUUCUCUGAUCUCACCAUGCAUGAGCUAAAGGUGCUGCCGAGGGACCUCCAGUUGUGUUCGGAAACUGCUUCGGGUGUGGAUGUUGGGGGGCAGCAUGAAUGGGGGGAGCUGGUGCAACUGGACCCCCAGACGGUGGGAGUUAUUGUGCGCCUGGAGAGAGAGACCUUUCAGGUCCUGAACAUGCAUGGUAAGGUGGUUACAGUGAGACACCAGGCAGUCAACAGAAAGAAAGACAAUCGUUUUGCUGUGGCUUUGGACUCCGAAGAAAACAACAUUCAUGUCAAGGACAUAGUCAAGGUCAUUGAUGGGCCACAUUCGGGCCGGGAGGGAGAAAUCCGCCACUUAUUCCGUAAUUACGCCUUCCUUCACUGUAAGAAGCUGGUGGAGAACGGGGGUAUGUUCGUGUGCAAGACCCGUUACCUGCUCCUGGCUGGAGGUUCCAAGCCUCGAGAUGUCACAAACUUCACGAUUGGAGGGUUUGCCCCGAUGAGUCCGCGGAUUAGCAGUCCGAUGCAUCCAAGUGGAGCAGGAGGUCAGAGAGGAGGCAUGGCAGGCGGAGGUGGAGGUGGUGCCGGGAGAGGCCGCGGACGCAGAGACAAUGAUCUGAUCGGUCAGACUGUUAGAAUCUCACAAGGUCCUUAUAAAGGCUACAUUGGGGUUGUGAAAGAUGCCACAGAAUCUACGGCCCGGGUAGAGCUUCAUUCCACGUGUCAGACAAUCUCUGUGGACAGACAACGUCUCACUACUGUUGGGUCCCGGCGCGCUGGAGGAAUGACUUCCACUCACGCUCGCACCCCAAUUUAUGGUUCCCAGACCCCCAUGUAUGGUACUGGCUCUCGGACCCCCAUGUAUGGUUCACAGACUCCGCUGCACGACGGGAGCCGGACUCCUCAUUAUGGAUCUCAAACUCCUCUGCACGAUGGAAGCAGAACUCCAGCGCAAAGCGGGGCUUGGGACCCAAACAACCCCAACACCCCUUCCAGGGCGGAUGAGGAAUAUGAUUACCGAUAUGAUGAUGAACCAUCUCCUUCACCGCAAGGCUAUGGAGGGACCCCUAACCCUCAGACACCCGGAUACCCAGACGUUCCAUCACCCCAGGUCAAUGCCCCAUAUCACCCGCAGACUCCGGGGACGCCUGCCAUGUACAACACAGACCAGUUUUCGCCAUACGCUGCUCCUUCUCCGCAGGGCUCUUACCAGCCCAGCCCGAGUCCACAAAGCUACCAUCAAGUUGCUCCAAGCCCAGUGGGUUAUCAGAACACCCACUCUCCAGCCAGCUACCACCCAACCCCUUCACCCAUGGCUUACCAGGCCAGCCCCAGUCCCAGUCCCAUGGGUUACAGUCCAAUGACUCCUGGCGCCCCCUCUCCUGGAGGGUACAACCCUCAUACACCCGGCUCCUCCAUAGAACAGGUAUCCAGCGACUGGGUGACCACGGAUAUCCAAGUUAAAGUGAGGGAUACUUACCAAGACAGCCAAGUGGUGGGACAGACCGGGAUCAUCCGCAGCGUUACCGGUGGCUUAUGCUCCGUGCUGCUGCAAGACAGCGAGAAGGUGAUUAGUAUUUCUGGGGAUCACUUGGAACCAGUCACCCCAACCAAAAACAGCCGGGUGAAGGUGAUUUUAGGAGAGGACCGUGAAGCGACGGGCGUUCUCCUGAGUAUCGAUAAUGAAGACGGCAUUGUCCGAAUGGACCUCGAUGAGCAACUCAAGAUUCUUAACCUCCACUUUUUGGGGAAAUUGGAGUCCUAGGCAUGGACGGCAGUCUAUAGUGCUAGUCGCGCAGGCAUUACGGACAGGCAGUUAGUGCUUUGUGAAGUUUUUUUUUUUUCUUUUUCUUUAGCUUGUCUUCAGCUGAUCAGUGACGGACACUUGCGGCAGCCUAAAGAGCUUACAUUUCAACUGAAGAGAUAAGUGCGGGUUUGAAUUUUCCUCUCCCUGAGUCCACGAUGCAUGAUGAAGGGCCGACCCCUGAGAGCUUCUCUUGCAGGAAGGACUGUGCCUGUCCUGUAUAAUGUAUAUUUAAAGGAAUAUCUCCCCACGUUAACGAUACAUUUUCCGCCAGAGAAUCUCCCCCAGGUCGCGCUUUCAUCGUUUGUGGUGACUGCUCUCCUGCCUUAGUGAAUUGCCUCCGUUGCAUCCAGAAACUUUUGUUUGAGGGUUUUUCAUUUUUCCAGUUUUGUGAGAAUUUUACUUUAAUGUCACUUGUUUUUUAAUGAAACGCGUAACAGCGUCGUGUUCUCCUGUGGGAAUGUAUGUAAUAUUUAUAUGGUGCCGUCAAUAAACCAGAGAAAGCCGGA